AUGGUUCAAUGGUCUGCUCUUAACUUCCAAGCUCUUGAAGAAGCAGAAAAGAAGCUGAUUUCUUUGUCAGGAGUCAAUAUUACCACACAGAGGAUAUAGAAAUUUCCCAUAGAUGGCGCUGUUUGCCCUUGAUUUGCCCACUGGGGAAAUUUUUUGGUUCGACCAGUACCAUAUGGUUUGGUCAAACCAAAAAAAUUUCCUCAUGGGCAAAUCAAGGGUAAGCAACGCCAUCUAUGGGAAAUUUCUAUACCUAUUAAUGAAUAUCAUUCAAUUUAUUGCCUUAUGGCCGGUGAAUCAUCUAAUCCACCAUUAGUUCUCCUUCAUGGCUAUCUUGGAAUGGGGAUGAUGUUUUUCAAAAUCUUAAGGCAUUUGGCCCUUCAUUAUCGAGUUUACUGCUUAGACCUUCUUGGAAUGGGAAGAUCAAGCAGGCCAAACUUCACAGCUAAAGGUCACAAAGAAAGUGAAGAAUUUUUUACAAAACCAUUAGAAGUAUGCAGGCAAUAUUUAGGCCUAGAAAAAAUGAUACUAUGUGGACAUUCUUUUGGAGGCUAUAUUGCUGGAUGCUAUACAGAAGAGCACCCUGAUAGGGUUGAAAAAUUAAUUUUGAUAUCUCCUGCUGGAGUUUCUAAAGUUAAAGAAAAUGAACCUGUUAAAAAACUUACUCUCCUCUCAGUGAGUACAAAACAAUUUUAUUCGCUCAUAACUUUUUUUCAAAAUUUAAAUAAAUUAUAAAAUUUAUUUUUUUAAAGUGCAGUUUGUUAAAAUUAAACAGAAAUAGCUAGAGAUUUCAUUAUACUAAUAAUCAUUUAUAUAUCAAAAUGUUUUUUCAUAAAAAAUUUGUAUAAAUAAAUUUUUAUUUGCUUACUGAGGGUGUUUUACCCAAAAAAUAAGGAUUUUUCCAAUGGUUUUGUUCGCUCACGGAGAGAGAGUUAGCUUCUUCCAAAAUCUACUUCAUAAAUUUUCUCAUUAUUUAUGAAGGAAAAAUAUAACUCCUGCAACAAUUUUAAGAAAAAUAGGUCCAUUUGGAAAGAAGUUUGUAAAUCAUUAUUUGACUGGGUCUUUCAGAGGAUGGAAAGAAGAAGAGCUAGCGUUAGUGAAGAUUUAUUUUCAGCAGGUAAAUUUAUGCCCUGGAAGUGGAGAGCAUGCAUUGCCAGAAAUUUUGAGAGAAUUUCAAUAUGCCUAUUCGCCACUAUGCGAUAGAUUGAAAAAUGUCCCAAUUCUUUUCCUUUAUGGAGACACAGACUGGAUGAAAAUAGAUGGAGCACAUCAAAACAAAGAAAUAAACUCACAAAAUGUUGUUAUUGAAAUUGUUUCUAAUGCAGGGCAUCAACUUUAUUUUGAUAAUCCAAAAGAAACUGCUGAAAAAAUAUUCUCUGGGCUUGCAAAAUUGGAUGAAGUACAAACAGCUUAG